CAUUCCAAUACUUUUCUCUCUCAUUUCAUACAUUUACAUUCGUUCACACCUUCAAACAUAUCUCAAAUUUGUUUUUGUUAGUGUAGUUAUUGGGGCUGUGCCAUGAAGAGAGAAAGAGAGGUCGAUAGUGUGACCAUGGCUAAUUGUUUGAUGCUGCUUUCACGUGGAGGUGAAUUUGAGGCCACAUACUCAAACUCUUCAAAUAACAACCGUGUCUUUGAGUGCAAAACAUGUAACAGGCAAUUCCCUUCAUUUCAAGCACUUGGUGGCCACAGGGCUAGUCACAAGAAGCCAAGAUUGAUGGGAGGGGAUGGAGACAUGGAUGGCCAAUUGAAUCAUGAUUCACCCCCUAAGCCUAAGACCCAUGAGUGUUCCAUUUGUGGGUUGGAGUUUGCUAUUGGACAAGCCUUGGGAGGACACAUGAGGAGGCACAGAGCUGCAACUUUGAAUGGAAACAUGCACAAUUCUACCACUAUGAGUAGUAGUACUAGUGGUAGCAGUUUUGAUUCUUCACCAAAGAUGAAAGCUGGAGACAAGAGAGUUUUGGUUUUGGAUUUGAAUUUGACACCCUUUGAGAAUGAUUUGCAGUUUUUGAAGAUUGGAAAGACAGCUGCUUUGGUUGAUUAUUUGUGUUAAUUAAACUUGGGGAGGUAGUUUGUGUAUUAUAGAUAGAUGAAUUAAUGCUUUGUUUUUUAAUCUGUCGUCUAUAUUUGGUAUCAUACUGUAUGAAAAAUUGUUCAUUUCUUGGGCAUAAUUAGAAUUUCAUUUUC